AUGUCCUCCCAGUCGAGCCAAGGCGGUUUUUUGCCGAGCGAAGAGCAGGUUCUCGCAUUGCUAAGUCAAAUACAAGACUGGCAAAUUAAUCACGGCUUUUUGCUUAAGCUCCUCGAGUCUGAAACAGAGCAUGAUGUGUUGUCUUAUCCUGUGGGUGUGAGCCUCUAUCCAACUUCCUUCCCGAAAUCGCUGUUCAACCGGGCAAUGGAUAUCCAGUCUGUAUAUAACGAGCUUUAUGUGGCCAUUGCCAGAGAUGAAGCCUGGUUAUAUGAUGCAACAAAAGAGCUUAUCCACACCGAGUCCCUCGCCAAUGCUCUGUGGGGGAUUCACGAACAAAGCAAAGCAGCGGGCGCCGUGCAAGAGAUCUCAGCUGCAAUCUUUCGAUCUGACUAUAUGCUCCAUAUGACGAAUACCAAAUCGCCCGAUCGGUUGGACGGGUCUGAAACAACAUUGAAGCAAGUCGAGUUCAACACCUUCUCGUGUGCAGGAGCCAGCCACGCAAAGAGAGUUGCGGACAUGCAUCGCUACAUGGCCCGAACUGGGGCCUACAAUUUCAAAGAUGCGCCCGAGAAUCAUAGGCCACGCGCAUCUUCACUCCCGCGCAAUGACAACGUUGAGUCACUCGCAUCUUUGCUAGCUACGGCCCAUGCGGCCUAUGGCGCCCCCAAGAGCCAAGCCUCGAAACAGACAGCGGUGCUAUACAUAGUGCAGCCUUACAACUUCAAUGUUGCGGACGAGCGACCGAUCGAGUAUGCAUUAUGGGAGCGAGAAGAGUCAGUGCCUACCUACCGGCUUGACUGGGGAGAAGAUAUCAUUCAGUACACCACUCUCACAGAAACAAAAGAAUUGCUCUUCCACCCACCGUGGCUGGCUGGUCCUGAUCCAGUGGAGAUAUCUGUUGUCUAUAUGAGGGCCGGGUAUGAGGCGCAUGAGUAUAAUCACAUUGGAUGGCAGGCCCGUUUGCGUCUCGAGCAGUCAUCUGCCAUCAAAUGUCCGUCUAUUUUGUCGCAUAUCUCGACCUUUAAAAAGGUCCAACAGGCAUUGACUGCGCCCGGUGCACUUGAGCGCUUCCUCUCACCCGACAAGGCUGCCCUGAUCCGGAAAACAUUUGUCAUGAUGUAUCCCCUGGAUCAAUCAGCAGAGGGGCUACGCGCUCGGAAAAUCCUCCACGAUGACGACAGCUCCAACUACAUAUUGAAACGUUCACUCGAGGGCGGAGGCAACAAUAUUUACGAUGGUAUCCCAGAAUUCCUUGCGUCAACUCCUCCUGGUGCAUGGUCAUCAUACAUACUGAUGGAACGAAUAAAAACUCCUGCGUCGAUACCGAGAAAUAUCUUGAUAAGUCGUACUGGGGUGGAAGAAGGUCUGACUGUGUCAGAGCUUGGAAUCCUUGGGACCUGUCUUUGGAAGCAAACGAAAGAACCGCCCCUACACAACACCUGCGCUGGCUGGACGUUCAAAACCAAAUUUGCCGAUGUGGAUGAAAUGAGUGUAGUGAAAGGAUAUGGAUGUUUCGACACCCCUUUACUUAAGUGA